UUUUCCGAGGAUUUCGGUGACAUCAUCCGGGAGACGCUGCGCCGCACGCGGGAGCGCCACGGACAGGAGUGGCCGUCGGUGCUGCUGCUCAGCCUCACCCAGCUUUUCACGGAGCUGCUGCUCCAGGAGGGCCCCGACGUGCGGGGGCUCCCGGAAUUCCGGGAAAUUCGGGAUCUGGGCCGGAGAUUUUCCCUCUUCUUCAGCCUCCGGCACCUCCGGCACCGGCGGGCGCUGCUGCGGCUGCACAGGUGCGGGGAAA